GUGGUCUGGCUGCGGGCGGGGAAGCCGGCGCCGGGCCCCUGGUCCGCGGGACGCCGCGCAGUGCCCGCCGCUUCCCCCCGCGGAGCCAUGGAGAUCGUCGGCACGGAGAUCAGCCGUAAGAUCCGGAGUGCCAUUAAGGGGAAAUUGCAAGAAUUAGGAGCUUAUGUCGAUGAAGAACUUCCUGAUUACAUUAUGGUGAUGGUGGCCAACAAGAAAAGUCAGGACCAAAUGACAGAGGACCUGUCCCUGUUUCUAGGGAACAACACAGUUCGAUUCACCGUAUGGCUUCACGGUGUAUUAGAUAAACUUCGUUCUGUAACAACCGACCCCUCUAGUCUGAAGUCUUCUGACACCAACCUCUUUGAUGGUAACGUACCUUCAAACAAGAGCAGUUUCAGUCGAGGAGAUGAGAGAAGGCACGAAGCGGCAGUGCCGCCUCUUGCAGUUUCUAGCACUAGACCUGAAAAAAGAGAAUCUAGAGUUCCUACAGGUUCACAGGAGCAGAAAGCCACUAAUGUCAGACAGACUUACGAUGAUGGAGCUGCAACCCGACUAAUGUCCACAGUGAAACCUUUGAGGGAGCUAGCACCCUCUGAAGAUGUGAUUGAUAUUAAGCCAGAACCAGAUGAUCUCAUUGAUGAAGACCUCAAUUUUGUGCAGGAGAAUCCCUUAUCUCAGAAAAAAACUACAGUGACACUUACGUACGGUUCUUCUCGUCCUUCUAUUGAAAUUUAUCGACCACCUGCGAGUCGAAACGCAGACAGUGGUACUCAUUUAAACAGGUUGCAGUUUCAACAGCAGCAAAACAGUGUUCAUGCUGCCAAACAGCUUGAUGUUCAGAGCAGCCGGGUGUAUGAGACAGGACGUCUGUGUGAACCAGAAGUGCUUCACAGCUUAGAAGAGACUUACAGUCCCUCCUUCAGAAGCAACUCAGAAAAGAUGAGUAUUGAGGAAGAAAACUUUCGGAAGAGAAAGUUGCCUGUGGUAAGUUCAGUUGUUAAAGUAAAGAAGUUCAGUCACGAUGGAGAAGAGGAGGAGGAAGACGAUGACUGUGGGUCCCGGACCGGAAGCCUCUCCAGCAGUGUGUCGGUGCCGGCAAAGCCUGAACGGAGACCUUCACUUCCACCUUCUAAACAAGCUAACAAGAAUCUAAUUUUGAAGGCUAUUUCUGAAGCUCAAGAAUCUGUAACAAAAACAACUAACUAUUCUACAGUCUCACAGAAACAGACACUUCCAGUUGCUCCCAGAACUCGAACAUCUCAGGAAGAAUUGCUAGCAGAAAUGGUCCAGGGACAAGGCAGAGUCCCCAGGAUAAGUUCUCCCAUUAAAGAAGAGGAAGCAAAAGGAGAUAAUAUAGACAAAAGUCAAGGAACUCAACAGAGGCAGUUGUUAUCCCGAUUACAAACUGACCCCAUAAUGGCAGAAACUCUGCAGAUCAGUCAAGAUUACUAUGACAUGGAAUCCAUGGUCCAUGCAGACACAAGAUCAUUUAUUCUGAAGAAGCCAAAGCUGUCUGAGGAGCUAGUAGUGGCACCGAACCAGGAGUCGGGGAGGAAGACUGCAGAUGCCCUUCGGGUCCUUUCAGGACACCUUAUGCAGACACGAGAUCUUGUACAACCAGAUAAACCUGCAAGUCCCAAGUUUAUAGUGACGCUGGACGGUGUCCCCAGCCCCCCAGGAUACAUGUCAGAUCAAGAGGAGGACAUGAGCUCUGAAGGAAUGAGAGCCGCCCAGCACCCUGCAGCCUCACACGGGGGACUCGCGGGUCUCCUCCGCCUGCAGCACGCCCGCGUGCUGAGCAGGCAGCUUGAGGAUCCAGAUGGUAGCUUUGCAAACGCUGAGAUAAGCGAGCUGAGCGUGGCGCAGAAGCCGGAGAAGCUGCUGGAGCGCUGCAAGUACUGGCCCGCCUGCCCUUACCAUCACCCCGUGUCGCCGUGCAAAGCCUUUCCUAAUUGUGAAUUUGCUGAGAAGUGUCUGUUUGUUCAUCCAAAUUGUAAAUAUGAUGCAAAAUGUACUAAACCAGACUGUCCCUUCACUCACAUGAGCCGAAGAACCCCAGGACUGCCUCCAAAACCAGUCACAGCACCAGCACCGCCUUCCAGUAGUCAGCUGUGCCGCUACUUCCCAGCUUGUAAGAAAAUGGAGUGUCCCUUCUAUCAUCUGAAACACUGUAGGUUUAACACGCAGUGUACGUGACCUGACUGUACGUUCUAUCACCCCGCCAUUACUGUGCCACCGCGACAUGCCUUGAAAUGGAUUCGACCUCAGACCAGUGAAUGACACCUGGUCCUACCUGACGGAAGACUGUGGCGUUUGAAAGUUUCCAUCUACUGAUGAAAGACAUUCUGCAGAAUUUGUCAAAUCUUUGAAACUUGGAAUAUAUUGCUUUCAUAAUAUGAAGUUUAUCACCUAUCUGACGUGUCUAAUUUUUCAAGUUUGUAAGUUUAUUAAGUGAUUUUAACAUUGGGUCUUUGUUGUUUUGUUUUGACUAUGGAAAGACAGUUUAAGGAAAAGCUGAAAUCUAUUAAAACAUUUGAGGCAUGUUUGUAA